AUGAAACAAGAGACACUGACAUUGGUGCUAGUGAAUCUAGCAGGAAUCAUGGAGAGAGCUGACGAAUCAUUGUUACCAGGAGUGUACAAAGAAGUUGGUGCAGCAUUACACACAGACCCCACUGGUUUGGGUUCAUUAACUUUGUUUCGAUCCAUAGUUCAGUCUUCUUGUUAUCCAUUAGCUGCUUACCUUGCCGUGCAUUACAAUCGUGCCCAUGUUAUUGCUCUUGGUGCUUUUCUUUGGGCUGCUGCCACUUUCCUUGUUGCCAUUUCCUCUACUUUCUUACAGGUGGCAGUUUCAAGAGGGCUAAAUGGGAUUGGACUUGCCAUAGUCACACCUGCCAUUCAAUCCCUUGUUGCUGAUUCAACUGAUGAAAGCAAUCGCGGCAUGGCAUUUGGAUGGCUACAGCUGACAGGAAACCUCGGUUCUAUCAUCGGAGGGCUAUGUUCUGUUCUAAUAGCCUCAACAACAUUCAUGGGAAUACCUGGUUGGAGAGUUGCUUUUCAUCUGGUUGGAAUAAUAAGUAUAAUAGUUGGUGUUUUGGUCCUCCUUUUUGCUAACGAUCCACGCUUUUCUAAUUCUAAUAGUAGAGCUAAAGACCAAACUCAUAAGCCUUUUAUCUCAGAGUUAAAGUACCUAAUUAAAGAAGCGAAGUCAGUUAUAAAAAUACCAUCAUUCCAAAUACUUGUGGCUCAAGGUGUAUCUGGAUCCUUUCCUUGGUCAGCUUUAUCAUUUGCUCCUAUGUGGUUAGAGCUUAUAGGCUUCUCCCAUGGAAAAACAGCAUUUCUCAUGAUGCUUUUUGUAGUUGCUGGCUCACUUGGUGGCCUGUUUGGAGGACGGAUGGGGGAUAUCCUUGCUAAACGCUUUCCCAAUUCUGGAAGGAUAAUUCUGUCACAGAUAAGCUCUGGUUCAGGCAUUCCAUUGGCAGCAGUUUUGCUUCUUGUAUUGCCUGAUGAUUCAUCUACAGGAUUCAUCCAUGGUCUGGUCUUGUUCAUCAUGGGACUCUGCAUAUCCUGGAAUGGUCCAGCUACAAACAAUCCAAUAUUUGCAGAGAUAGUCCCAGAGAAAUCUCGGACGAGCAUCUAUGCGUUGGAUCGAUCAUUUGAGUCUGUGCUAUCUUCAUUUGCUCCCCCUGCAGUUGGGAUUUUGGCUCAGUAUGUUUAUGGUUAUCAAAUUCCCAAAAAAUCAUCAGACAAUGUCAAAGUUGAAACAGAUAGAGAAAAUGCUGCAUCGCUAGCUAAGGCACUGUACACAGCAAUCGGCAUUCCAAUGGCAAUAUGUUGUUUCAUCUACUCCUUCCUCUAUUGCACAUACCCAAGAGACAGGGAGUGCGCAAGGAUGACUGCAUUGAUAGAAUCAGAAAUGCAACAAAUAGAGGUAGAUGAUUCUCCUUUGAGGGAAGAACACACUCGACUGGAUAUUUCAGAAUCAGGACUAAAUGGAGAGAAAAGAACCGAAAUUGACAUCAAGUAUGGAAACAGUGAAAGCAUUGAUUUGGAUGAUAACGAUGAGAAGGCUCUACUGCAUCGUCAGCUAACAUUCUCGAAUUUAGCAGACUAA